AUGGAGCGAGAGGAACUGGGAAGCCGUCUCCUCUUUCUGCAAAGCAGUUAUGCUCGCAAAGAAGGAGCCGGACCGCAUGAGGGAGCUAUCCUCCGUACGCCCCAGCCACCGCAGCAGGCGACACGUCGACGAUCCCCAUUCACUGUAAGCGCGGGUCUGCGGUCUAUAAGGGUAACUCGUUGCCCAACCAGGACCAGACCCAAGCGUACGGUGCAUUGCGUUCCGCGCCUCAAAGAGCCAAUAGACCACCACAGACGGGGCCCUAUAGGGUUGAUGUUCAGCCGGGGUUGCGGGGUCGGCAAACGAGCAGGCGGAGUACCUGAUGGUAGGUACUAUGUUCUUCAUCUGUCUUUUUGGAAGUUCUACAUCAAUACUUAUAACAAAAGGAACAAGAAAACUGAAAUGGCUAAAGAGACUACUGGAAGUAAUGGUAAUAAGACCAAUGAAUUACAGAAAGAAAAUGGCGAAAAUGAAUUGAGAGUUUGCAAAGAUAACAAGGACAAUAACAGACAUCUGGAUAAUUACACAAGCACUGCAAUCAAACUGAACGAUUAA